GCCGUAGGUUUUAGAGUUUGAAUGCAAAUCGUCGAAGAAUUCUUACGUCUUCGAAGUGAAGGAAAGGGUGAGGAGGCGUACCAGCUUUUGGCCCCUGGUGCCUCUUUUGGCUGUCCUUGGGGAGGGAUGCAUCAUGGAAAGCGUGUUCGUGAACUUUUAGCCGAUGAAAAGAAUUUUGUGAAGAAGGGUUACCUUGAUGUUGUGCCGAUUGAGGAAAUUGCGGAAGGAACAUUUCAACGGAAAUUUAAGUGGGACCGAGGUAUGGAGGAAAGUGGUAAUCUUGGUCGAUGGUAUUUUCGCCUUUUACCGAACUGGAGGGAGAUCUAUUUUGUUGAAGACGGAAAAAUUAAACUAGUAACCGCCGACAAGCUCUUAAGACGUCGUUCAAUUUUUUAUCUACUAGGACUCACUUAAUUCAGCCUUCCUUUGAUUAUUUUUUCCAAAUAGCGAAAUAUUUUUGUGUUUGCGUUACUUUUUAUCAUUGAAUGAGGCGUUAUUAUUCUAGCAAUGCAUUUUUGUUAUUGCUUGGUGAUACGCGGGAAUUACGAUGAGUUUUUUAAAUUUAGCCAUCUGUAGGAUAUUAUUAGGUAUAGUAGAGGGAAUAA